AAACACAGGAAUCAUACACACACACAGACAUGAGAAAUAUGUACACAUGCACAGAGAAACAUGUACACACACAAAUUCAGGUAUACAUGGCACAGGCAUUACAGACACGCAUACACACAUGUACAUACAGAAAUACACAUGCACAGACACAUGUUACCACACACAAAAUCAGCAGACACAUGACGUACAUACACAGUACAUGGGUGCACACACACUCUUCAUGCACACACACACAUGUACACACACACACACACCGUCUAAAAAGCUGCAGUACUUCGUUGUUCACUCACAGAGGUGGGUGCUGCACUCUAGGGGGAGGCAGAGAGCACAGCACACACUCCUUCCUUUGCUUUCACUGCACUCAUGUGUUGAGCAGUCUGACGGCUCCCAGUGCCACUGACAGAUCUGGCCUGAGCUCCGAGCCUGCUCAGCAAGACGGCCCUGGGGGACACACUCGCCCCCACCAUAAUUUCUACUUGCCAUUGGCGAGCAGGUGAGUGGAAAUUUCAAGGCCCGGUGUAGU